AUAGACUUAAGCUGUUAACGGAGAUGGAUACUAAAUCAUUGAUUUGUAAAAUACGUAUAUUCUGGUGGUCUAUUGUUUGCAUGGCUCAGAGGAUAAUACGUAACAAACGACCAAUUCAAAGGUGACGUUACACAACGAUGGUCGUUAAAAUUACCAAGGAGGAUGAAAGACUCUUGGAAGAAUACAGUCAAGCAGCUUCGAAAAGUUCUGAAAAGCUAGUUUACGUUAACGCCAUUAUGAUAUCUUCGAUUCCUAUCUGGUUAUUUUGGGGCGUUCACAAAAUGCCUCUGAUAGCUAAUUCAUUCUUGUAUGUAAUCAUUUCACUGGCCUCAACCUUCCUCAUAUCUAUCGCAUACAAAAAUUCAAAAACGCCUUUGAUGGAAAAGAUUGCUAUCCGUCGAACCGAAGCAAUUACUAAAGAAGUCAAUAACGAAGCUGGUAGAGACAAAAAGUUGUCGAAGAAGAACAGAGAGGAUGUUGUCCGUGAACGAACUAAAAAGGUUGCUGAUUACGAAUCUACGACUUUCUCAAUAUUUUACAAUAAUUGUCUAUUUCUCCUAGUCUUACUGUUACUUUCUGCCGUCCUUCAUCAUUUUUCGAAUCAAGUGAAUUACUCUGUAUCGAUGUUACUCGCUGCCGGCGCAACUGCUUUCUUGUCAUCCGGGAAAGGAUCAUUUUGAUUCCAUCAGUAAUAUACGCUUUUCGAAAUGCUUGCCUUCUAAAGUCGAUUGUGAAAGUAAUUUGAUCAAUGUUAGUAAAAGUUUCAUUAAUGUUGUGUAUAUGUAAAUUAUCAAGAUUUCAUUGCAUUGGAA